GGAGAAUCUUAUCUUCACAGCUGGUCAGAUUAGGACGCUAUGUCUAUAAAUUAUGAUACAGAUCAAAAUUCGGACUUUUGACGGAAAAGACUUGUCCUAGCUAAGAAACGGGUACCCGCCUUUGGAACAACACAACUGGCCAAAAUGAAGUUCACUUUCAACUUGGUUGCUUUAGUCGUGCUGUCAGCGGCACUGAUUGAAGCUAAACCCCACAAGCGCAACAUUGCGCAGUUCGGUGCCAUGAUUAGCAUAGCUACCGGCCGCUCUCCCUUCGACUACAACAACUAUGGCUGCUUUUGCGGUGUUGGCGGGCAGGGCACGCCCAUAGAUGGCGUUGACAGAUGCUGCCAGGCACACGAUAGCUGCUACACAGCGGCGACAGCCUCCGGUUGUAAUACAUAUCUCGAUUUCUACCAUUUUACCAGUAAAGACAAAACAAUCACGUGCGAUUCCAGUCAAAAUGACGCGUGUGAACAGAGUAUCUGUAACUGUGACAAGGUGGCCGUGGAAUGCUUCGCCAAGAACAUUUACCGUAAAAAGCACAAGGGAAAGUGCUAGGCGGCACCCACUACUACCGAAUGAUAGAAUAGUGGAAACUAGAACCAUUAUUCUAACUGCCCAGCUAGACAUUUGAUGCAUUUCCAAAAGUGGUUUUCAAACAAGACGCUUGAAAAUUAAAAUAACAAAACUUAAUUUUUUCUUAGUAAAAAAAACACACACAACCUGUAUGUAUCAUUCAGUUUCGCCACAAAAUAAAUCACUAUACAGACAA